AUAAAAAUUUUUGUUAUAAUAAAAAUCGGGAAAAGUUAUUUUAUUGCAAAGUGAACAGUUUUGAAUCAGUCAUUAUCGAACAUGGCAGAUGUACCCAGUGAUGCACCGCAACAUUGCCCUGGUACUGAGAGCACAGAUGCAGGAAAAGCAUCUGCAUGUGCUGGUUGUCCAAAUCAAACAAUAUGUGCAUCUGGCAUUACAAAACAGCCAGAUCCUGGUAUAAGUCUUGUUAAGGAGAAGCUUUCUACAGUUAGAAACAAAUUAUUAGUACUAUCUGGCAAAGGUGGAGUUGGCAAAAGUACUAUAACAUCUUUGAUAUCAAGAUCCUUGGCAUUAAGCAACCCUAAUACAAAUGUUGGUGUAUUGGAUAUUGAUAUUUGUGGUCCUUCUCAACCAAGAAUAUUAAAUGCAAUAGGAGAACAAGUCCAUCAGAGUGGAUCAGGAUGGUCUCCAGUGUAUGUAGAUGACAACUUAUCAUUAAUGUCUAUUGGAUUUUUACUCGCAAGUCCAAGUGAUGCAGUAAUAUGGAGAGGACCAAAAAAAAAUGGAAUGAUUAGACAAUUCUUAUCAGAAGUCGAUUGGGGGACAUUAGAUUAUCUUAUUUUGGAUACACCUCCUGGUACCUCGGAUGAACAUUUAUCCGCGAUUUCGUAUCUUAAAGAUGCUGGUAUCACAGGAGCAAUAAUAGUAACAACUCCGCAACAAGUUGCUUUGCUAGAUGUAAGAAAAGAAAUUGACUUUUGCAGAAAAGUCAGUUUACCAAUUUUAGGUGUCAUCGAAAAUAUGAGUGUUUUCGUGUGCCCUAAAUGUAAGAAUUCGGCAGAAAUAUUCCCGGCAUUAACAGGUGGUGCGCGUGCAAUGGCCAAAGAAUUCGAUAUAGAACUCUUAGGUUCUUUGCCAUUAGAUCCACUUCUGACGAAAUGCUGUGACGAGGGUAAAAAUAUUUUAACAGAAAUGCCGGAAUCACCGACCGUCCUCUUAGUUCUCGAAUUUACUGAAUCUCUACCAUACCCUGAUACUAAAUUCGGGAAUCUUAACGAAUUUGCGUUUUCUGUAUUUAAUACAUAGUUAGGCGAUGAUCUUGUAACUCUAGAGAAUUCAUUUAUACUUAUUUCAGGAACUUAUCAAUAAAACGAAACAAUAGUAAUUGUAAGCUACGUUCGGAAAACUUACAGAGGUAGAAUGUUAACAUUUUUAUAUUCUAUACUAGGGCGCCAAGGCAUCAAAUUGUGCCUACUGUUAUCUCGGCACAGUGUUAAUGGUCUAAUGUAAGAAAUCGGCAUAUUUGUACUUGGACAUAGUUGUGAUGGCUGCAAAUUUUAUUAUAACAUGUGUAUAUAUAUAUAUAUAUAUUUAACACAUUAAAAGGAUAAGGAUUAACGAAAAAUAUAGAUUAUUUUUGAAACUAAAAU